AUGGCGAACUCCGCGGCGCCACCGCCGCUGGCGGGUCGCCUGGUCCUCUCGUCUGCCCUGCUCCUGCUGCUGCUUCUCCUUAGUAUCAGGCAAGCCCAGGGCCGCGCCACGCCCGGAGGCCCUUCGCUGAGGGCUCAAGCCGCGGCGCUUCUCCACUGGAGAUCAUCCGUCAAGUACUCCGUGAAGCACCAGCUGGGAACCUGGAGAGACGACGGCAUGUACCCGUGCAACUGGACCGGCAUCACUUGCGGGUCACGAAGAGGGACCACGGUGAAGGUUAUCAGAGGAAUUUCCCUUGGCGGUGCCGGCAUUGCAGGGCGGCUGGACGCCCUGAGUUUCCACUCACUCCCUUACCUCGUCAACCUCAACCUCAGCAACAACUACCGUCUCUCUGGUGCCAUCCCUUCUGGCAUCGGCUCUCUUUCCAUACUUUCCACCCUCGACUUCUCCGGUGAUCAGCUUGACGGCAACAUACCUCCGUCGAUCUGCAACCUUGGGAGGCUCACGCACAUGGAUUUCUCCAACAACAAUCUCACCGGCCAAAUCCCUCCUGCCUUGGGUAAUCUCUCAAGACUUGCUUUUCUUUCUCUACUUGGGAAUAGCCUCUCAGGUAGCAUUCCAUGGCAGCUCGGACAGCUUGGGGACAUGAGGCAGAUGCAUUUGGGCUGGAAUAUCUUUUCUGGCCAAAUACCUUCCACCCUCGCAAACCUGACGAACCUCAACUUUCUUGGCCUUUCUGCUAAUCGUCUGUCAGGAUCCAUACCUGAAGAGCUAGGACAAGUCCAAACUCUGCAAAAACUAUACUUGCACAACAAUAGCCUGAAUGGCACAAUUCCAUCCUCACUUGGAAACCUCACGAUGCUCAGGUUCCUGUAUAUAUAUAUGAACCAGCACACUGGCUCGAUCCCGGUAGAGCUUGGGAUGCUCUCGAGCUUGAUUGAGUUGGAUUUGUCAGAGAACCAUUUGACCGGCUCAGUUCCUUCUAGUGUUGCUGGAAAUCUUACUUCAUUAGUUUAUUUUUCUCUUUCGGGCAACAAUAUAACUGGAUCCAUCCCACAUGAGUUUGGAAAUCUUGUGAAUUUGGAAACACUUGAUUUCGCAGUCAAUUUCAUAGUUGGGUCGGCGCCGUCAAGCAUUGGGAACAUGUCUUCACUCACCCGGAUGUACAUUUCUAGCAAUAAUCUCUCUGGUCGAUUGCCGGCCGAGUUUGGAAAUUUGGCAAAGUUGGAAAAACUUGAUUCCUCCGAAAACCAUUUGUCUGGCUCAAUCCCUCAAAGUUUUGGAAAAUUUGCACGCAUGACAGAAAUGCGACUAUACACGAAUCACCUCUCUGGCACUUUGCCGUCAUCUCUCUCCAACCUUACCAGCUUGGUCCUCAUUGACCUAGGUGGCAACCAGCUGACGGGACACUUGCCAAAUUUUUGCCGAAGUAAAAGACUAAAGAUUUUUGAUGUUAUGGAUAACAAUCUGGAUGGUCCCCUCCCAAAAGGCUUGAAGGAUUGCACUUCACUAACAUCCCUUGGACUUGAUAAUAAUCAGAUUGAGGGAGACAUAACUGAAUCAUUUGGGGUGUAUCCUCAUCUCAAUGACAUUAGUUUAUAUUCAAACAGAUUUGUAGGCCGGCUCUCGCCAAAUUGGGGCUCAUGUCAGAACUUAACAAGUAUUGAUUUUACACAUAACAUGAUAGAAGGCAGUAUACCUUCUGAGCUUGGGGAGCUAAAAAAUCUUGGAUGGCUCGGGCUCAGUUUCAAUAGGUUCAAUAGUGAGAUACCACAAGAAAUUGGCAGGUUAAGUAACUUGUAUUGGAUGGAUUUAAGAAACAAUCAACUAUCUGGCCAGAUCCCUAAGCAAAUUGGGCAACUUCGCAAUCUCGAGAACCUUGAUUUCUCAAGCAACUUUUUAUGUGGUACAAUACCAAAGGAGAUCGGAAAUUGUUUGAGACUGCAGUCAUUAAAUAUGAAUAACAACAGUCUUAAUGGAAGUAUUCCUGGUAGUUUGGUUAAUUUAACUUCCCUGCAAAGCAUGCUUGGUCUUAGCAUGAACAGUCUCAGUGGACCACUGCCAUCGGAACUUAACAGACUAGAGAUGUUGAUGUCUGCAAAUUUCUCACACAAUCAAUUCAGUGGUGCCAUCCCUGUAUCGAUUGCGAGCAUGCAAAGCCUAUCAAUAUUUGAUCUGUCAUACAACUUCCUAGAAGGAUCUGUUCCAAAAGGGAUCCACAAUGCAUCAGCUGAAUGGUUUCUCCACAACAAAGGUCUUUGUGGAGACCUUGUUGGCAUGGCUCCUUGCAAUUUACCCAAUGCGGAUCAUACACGAGAGCAUCAAAAGAUUGUACUAUCAGUCAUUCUUUCUAUGUUCGCCGCUACUAUUUCAGUAGCAACAUGUAUAAUUUUCAUAUUUAUUUGCCGCACGAAGGUAUCAUCAAAAACUGAUGAUGUGAGCAAAAGGGAUGUAUUCUCUGUAUGGGGCUUUGAUGGUAGAAUAGUAUUUCAGGAUAUUAUCAAUGCAACCGACAAUUUUGAUGAGAAACAUUGUAUUGGAGAGGGGUCGUACGGUAGUGUUUAUAAGGCAGAACUUCAAGAUGGACAAGUGGUUGCAGUAAAGAAACUCUAUGCAGGCGACGAAGAGGCACAUGAUGAAGAAAGAUUCCAGCAUGAGAUUGAAAUGUUAACAAAAAUCCGCCAACGCAGCAUCGUCAAGUUGUAUGGCUAUUGUACUCAUCCACAGUGCAGGUUCCUUCUAUGCGAGUUCAUAGAGAGAGGAAAUGUAGCUUCUAUCUUGAGCAACGAAGAACUAGCAAUCCAGUUCAACUGGGAAAGGAGAAUAGCUCUACCACCCAUAAUUCACAGGGACAUCACAAGCAGAAACAUCUUACUAGAUGCUGACUACAAAGCAUUUGUCUCGGAUUUUGGUAUUGCAAGAAUGUUAAAACCCGAUUCAUCGAAUUGGAGCGCACUAGCGGGGACCUAUGGCUACAUUGCACCUGAAUGUUCAUACACUUCUCUAGUCACAGAGAAAUGUGAUGUGAAUAGCUUUGGUGUUGUGGUGCUUGAGGUGUUGAUGGGCAAACAUCCAGGAGACAUGCAAAAUUUUCUUUCUUCACUUGGUGACCAGUUGCAUCUGGAACAAAUUUUGGACAAACAACUUCCACAACCUGAAGCUGAGGAGGCAAAAGACUUGAGACGGUGUAUCUUUGUGGCGUUUGAGUGCCUAACUCCUUCACCCAAAGAAAGGCCAACUAUGCAGAAAGCUUAUCGAGAUCUUUCCAUCUGA